UAAGACUCCGCAUAAUGCCAGAAACAAAAAAUAGUUAUUGAUUUGAAAAAUGGGUACAAUUAUAAGCAAAGAUACGAGACGUAUUAGUUUUGAUAAUACUAUAUCUAUGAACCCAGUACUGAUACAAUCUGUUAAUGAUAGCGAUGAACUAAUUUUUGAUGGUUUUAAUGAGAUACAGCCUAGUGAAUUAAAUUUAAAAAAAAGGACUAAUUGCAUUAGAAUGCAUGAUGAAGAACAGGAUUACUGGGAACAGAGGAUAGACCACUUGAAGAAUGAACAUCAAUUGAUCAAUAAGAUUAUUGAAGAUGAAUAUAAGACAGCAAUCGAAAAAAAUUACAAUUUAUUUAAAACACAAAAUAUGACACACGAUAAAAUUCAGAAAUUAAAACCAUGUCUUGAUUGGAGCUCUAAGAUUAUGCGAUGCUAUGAAGAUAAUCCCCGUCAACCGUUAUUAUGUUCAGCUGUUGUCCAAGCAUUCAACGAUUGCGUUACUACAACUCGGCUUGGAGAUUAAAUUAUUUUAUAAUAUUAAAACAAUAAUACAUUCACAAGAUUAUUUACAAAAGUAGAACAUUUUUGUUAUGAAAUUUAGUAGUAUAAAAUUCGAGGAACUUACAAAAACAAUAAAUGAAAUAAUAUUCCUGAAUUA